AUGAUCGAGGUGGUUUCGAACGAUCGUUUGGGGAAGAAGGUUCGUGUAAAGUGCAACGACGACCACACCACCGGUGAUCUGAAGAAGCUCGCAGCAGCUCAGACUGGAACACGCGCCGACAAGAUAAGGAUCCAGAAGUGGUACAACAUCUAUAAGGAUCAUAUUACCCUCAAGGAUUACGAGAUUCACGAUGGCAUGGAAAUUAUGCAAUUGGAUCAGCAUUCGAUUUACCUUGAUUGCUAA